CCCAUAAAAGUAGGUCUAGAUCUAGAUCUAGAGGAAGCAGGUCAUAUCAUCAUUGUCGUGUUACUGAAACGAGCUUCUAGAUAAUCUAGGUCUAGACUAGCCUAUAGUUUAGAUUGUUAGAUUCUAGAUUCUAGAUCUAGUCUAGAUCUAGAUCUAGAAUCUAGAUAUCUAGAUCUAGAUCUAGAUCUAGAUCUAAAUAGAUGGCACUCCAGUUCACUGGUUAUCUGGCUCCCCAGUCUGAAGUCAAAUGGACCUUCACCACCUGCGUGGACGGUCGGGCAAAAGCCACAUGAUGCCAGGAUGCCCAGUGAUCCAGCUGCACAACCUGUCACCAGACGAGUGCAAGAACUACGCUAAAAAGAUUAAAGAGCUCAAAGGCGUAUAUGUCAAUUCACAGAAUUUCCAGCGUAAAGUCUCUCACCUUGUUUGUGGCAAACUGUCUUGCUCUGAAAACUUCCUUGCAGCUUGCGUUUCUGGGUGCUGGGUUCUAUCCCUUGCAUUCAUUGACUACAGUCACAUGGUGGGCCAUUGGCUGAAGGAGGAUGACUUUCAGUUCAGCGUCUAUGAUAAUCAGCCUCCAGAACUCCUCUCUGCCUACAACCGUUGGCACUGGAGGGUCGGCAUGUCCAGUGAGUUCGCAUUCUCAGGAUGGCAAAUUUCACUCUUACUUUGCCCAGAGAACCUUCAGCAGUUGAGAAGAGUGAUGAUCUUUGGUGGUGCCAAGAUCAUCCCCAUGCAGUUGCCAUUGAAGGCGAGCAAGUCAGUGCCGGACGUAACUUAUGUUUUCAUGGACCCCUCCAGUCAUCAUCUUGCCCCACAGCUCUGCGACGUUGGCCUCUUGUGCAUCAGCCACGAGUACGUCAUGGACUAUAUUAUCAAGGAGAUGGAGCCAGAGGUGUUUGACUAUGUGAUCACCUCAGAAACUCUGCAACGGACAAAUAACUUCAGCAGUGCAUCCAGUGACCUUGUAGAGGGCAGCCGUAGUCAGACUAUGGUUGGGACGUCAUGGGCUGAGGAGUGUGAUGACCCUGAAAGUUCAGCAGUCACCUUCCAAAGUAGUGGGGAAGGGAGUGCAGAACACGAUGACCGAGAAGAGAAACCAGUGGUUGUCUCUGUGAAGGACUCUGAUUCCGAGACUCUUCGAGGACUUGCGAAUUGUACACUCGCUAAUGGCCUCAACAGAUGUGAUGAUGUCAUUGAGGGAGUACUAGUGAAGAACAAAGGAAGGACUCCAAUUUCUAAUAUGGACCCAAAUGUUCCGAUGGUGUUGCCGCGUCAAUCAGUGAGAGGGCAAAAGAGAAAUUUUAUUGAAGAGCCUGAAGUUGAAGGGCAGAAAGGCAAAGGCCUGAAGCGUUUGAAAGUGACAGAUGGGACCUCUUCUGUUAUUGAGUGUUCUACAAUCUUGGAUUGUGUUUCAGGCUCUGAUAAGACAACAGUGGGUGUCCAGUUAGUUGCAUCGUUGGGGUCAUCAGAAUUGGAGUCCAGGAGCCCUGGUAAUGCUCUAACCACCGAAACGGAAAAGAAAUUUGACUCUGUGGAAGAGACGUCGGUUGAUACUCAAGUGUCCUCAUCACAGGCUUCCAGGGAUAAGGACACAAGACGGUCAGAGAAAAAGUCAUCCAAGACCAAGCUGAUCCAAGGUCAGCAGACCCUCCAACGCUUUGGCUUCUUUAAGGAUACGAGUGCAGAUUCUCCUGAUAAAAGUGUUUCCUCCUUCCUGCGGGAGAGUCCUGUGGGUCUGAAGUCUGAAGCAAAGGAGAUGAUCGAUUCUGCCAGGGUGCCGUCUACCUCAACAAACAGCCGGAAACAGCUCAACCCAUCUCAUCCUUCUCCAUCUUCCUUGCAACAGUGUCAAUUAGUGUCUAAGAAUUGUGGAACAAAAAGUUGCUCCACAAAUAAUCCUGAUGCUGAUGCAGAGACGCUUCCUAAAUCUUCUGCGAGUGGCUGUCGGAGGUCACUUUUUGAUCUACAGCCGAAGAGGGUGAAGGCUGAACCCAUAGAUGAUGACAUUAUCAUUUUGACAGACGAUGCUGAUAAGAGGGUGAAGGCUGAACCCAUAGAUGAUGACAUCAUUUUGACAGACGAUGCUGAUAAGAGGGUGAAGGCUGAACCCAUAGAUGAUGACAUCAUUUUGACAGACGAUGCUGAUAAGAGGGUGAAGGCUGAACCCAUAGAUGAUGGUGGGGCAAAACAGAAUGUUGGCUCAACUGUUAAGAGGUUUUUGCUUGACUCAUUUCGUUCAUCAUCUCAAAGUGAAAAUGCUGAAACUUACCUGAGUGAAAACAAGCUGAUAUGUGGUACUGUUAACUGUGAGGUUAAAGAUGUUAAUGGUCAAACUGAAUCUAUUGCAGAAUGUAGUAAGCAAUUUGAGCAAACUUCCAAAGGAGUUUUACUGAGGCUAGAAAAGCUAGUAGAUUCUUCAAGCAUUCCACCUGCUGUUGAACUGGGUUUGGGUUAUUGUUCAGAGAUGGAGAAUGUCACGAAUGAGAGUGAGCACCUUCCCGAGAGACAUUCAUCUUCGAGUCAUAUUGAAACACCCACCAGUGCGUCUGGGGCAGGACGAGUGGAUCUUCACCCUGUCUCUUACCCAUUGAUGACUGGCUGUAGGGUUUCCAGUGCGGGCCUGAUGCCUGUGCCCAUAUUGGUGGAGCAAUGUCUUGAGGCAGUACGAGAGAUGGACUAUGAGGACAUUGCCCUUCUACACAGUCAACCGUGCCCCACCCGGCUGCCCACACCAGGACUUCUACGAGAGAUUGUCUGUCUGGCAUGCUCAAAGGAGCUUCACAUUUCCACUUGGGCUUGCUUCAAUCUAAAAACCUGGCUGGACUUUCACAAACCUGUGACUCCAGAUCUGGUGCAAACUUAUGCUGAGGCUUUUGAUUUGUCUAGUACUGAGUCUGUUCUUCUACGAGUUCUCAAACAUUUAUCGACACAUACAGAUGACAAGUUGGAAUCAUUGAUUUCUGUUCUAGAAUAUAUUGUUUCAGUGUUUGAAAUAAACUUCAACAAUUUUCUUUUGUCGGAAAAUCCAAGAGAGCCGCAAAGUUGUCUUGUUGUUCGAGCAUUCUGGGAGCAUAGUUGUGCUGUGUGUUACAAUGGCCGUGUCAAAGAGCUGGUGCUGGCCUUGAGGAAUGCUCUUAAAGCCCCAGCAUUCUGCUGCCGUUCACAUCGAGCUCUCCUGUCUCUGGCUGGCCUCGUUGCUCGGUGUCUACACAUGGCUAGCGCUCGCUGGCAAACGAAGUCUCCGACACAUCUGUCCAACCAUGACCUGCUGGUCUUGGCCCGAGAGUUGAGUCGCCUGAUGAAAGACACAUGUGCUGGUAGAGAUCCUAGUGACCUCCCUUCUCUUCUCUCCUGCCUGAACCCUCCAUGGUUUCGUGUUCUUGUGCUCGCCACUAUUCUAUCCGCCUACAAUGACUACCUCUUGGCAGAGAGUAUCCGCAUUGAUAAAAUCAGUCUGCGAGCCAUCCUGUUGCAGUAUUUUUUUCUUUUGCCUCCCCUACAUGAAGUUGACAGGAGUCAUAAAAGUCAGCAUGUAUACAGAUCUGAAGGAAAUUCUUCAUACCUUUCCCAGAGAAUGUCACAUGAAGGUGCCAGGAGCUCUGAAAGUUCAUCUGUGGAUAGGUAUGUUGAAGUUUCUCCUUCUAAAUCUUCCCAAGGCUCACCUCUUAAAACUUUUUUAAGGAGUGCAGGGGCCUUUAAAGAGGGAAAAGUAAACAAAAGAAACGGGAAGGGUGAAUCUGCUGUACAUUUGGCAGCCAUAAAAAAUAACCAAGAAAGAUUGAGUUUGCUUUUGCAAGUGCCAGGAGUUGAUGUGAACCUCAGGGACAAUGCAGGUUGGACUCCACUACACGAAGCCUGUCACCAUGGCAGGCAUGCCUGUGUGGAGGUACUGCUCAAGUAUGUGCCCCCGGCCCAUGGCACAAUUGACCCGUCGUCCAAAGUGCAGGAUGCUGUUACCAACAAAGUGGAUCUGAACGCGCGUGGCGUGGAAGGCAGAACGCCUCUGCAUGUUGCGGUUCUAAAGGAUAGCCUUGAUGUGUGUAAACUUUUGCUCCAUUAUGGGGGACCCAGGUUGUUACAGAUAAAGGACGACUGGGGCCUAAAGCCCAUCCAGUUAGCAAAAUCAAAGGAAAUGUGUGAUCUGCUAAGCAAUGGUGCUGAAGUUACCCUGGCAAAGUGGAACACCAGUCUUUCUCAACAGGGGAUUUCCACAGUAGAUCAAAAGACCUUGGAACUUCCAGUUGACUGGACUCCUCCGCAGUUUCUGUACGAUGAGGUCCUUGGGCCAGAUGCGUCACGACUGGUUGGUAAAACGGAGUACUCUGCUUUCCUGUCGUUGGUCUCUCUGCUUUUGACGGCAUAUGCUGAGUGGAAGGGUCCUUUUGAUUGUCAUAGGUAUUUAGGUCCAUCAGAUGGAGAGGAUCUUGAGAUUUUGAGACGUAUGGGGGAUCGCUUGAAGAAUUUCUUGCUACAUGUUCACAAAACAACAACAGAGAGGGACUUCUUGGCUCUAGAGACAGAUUUGCUGUUAAUUUGUACCCUAGGCUUGACACUGUUGAAUGUUAAGAUUUAAAAUUUGUGAUUUUUCUGUUUUUAUUCUCCCAGUGAUCAAAUUGUACAGUGAAGCUCGCAUACAACGUUGUCAGACAUGACCCUCAAGUUUGUUGAUUCUGUGUUUGUUAUUAGAAAGUUGCGACUAAUGUGACUGUCUUUUAAUAAUGAUAGGAAUAUAUGUGUGUGUGCCUAAAGAAAGGUACCAAAAGUCGGAUUUUGACCAUUUUGAAUUAAGAAUUGUACCUUAUACUUAUAGAAAAUUCAGUGCUGAAGACAGGGGUCUUUGAAUUUUUUAGAUCUAGAUCUCAAGUAGUUUUUGAGAUACUGCACAUUUUUGCGAGGUAGGGUAUAAAAAUAUAAUUUUGAGAAAAUGAGCUUUUAAGUUUAACAAACAUGAGAACACAUUCAAACUUU